AUGGGCUCAGACACGCAUGUUCGGUACAUUCAUAAGAACAUUCGCAGCCAUCAGUGCCAUAUUUGUCCAUAUUCUGCCAAAAGUGCCAGCAUGCUUAGGUUGCAUAUUCGGGCUCAUGAAGUGCACGUUCACCUGCGUGCAGCGAUAUGCACGUUCACCUGCGUGCAGCGAUACCAGCUGAAGUCUCACAUGCGGACACACACCAAAGAGAAACCCUACAAAUGUACCAUGUGUAGCUACGCUGCAGCCUGGAACGUGCAGCUCAAGGAACACAUCAAAGCCCACAGUAUGUCCACCGCGGUGGCAUGUAGGGAGUGUGGGGUCGUCUUGAAAAACACGCACACUCUCUCCAUCCACGAGAAGAAGGAACAUGCUAGUGUCUGGCAGUACAACCACCCACCCAACACCCACCCACUGGCCUUGACUGCUUCCAGCGCCACGGCUCCUCACACACAACAGCAUCCUGCUGUCAUGGGUCAAUGA